AUAGCCUUUAUUAGAUGUGUGUAGAAAACAUGCAUCUGAAUAGUCACUUUUCAUUUAAAAGACUCUGUAGUCCCUUUUGUGGAAUUAGAGAUAAUUGCUUAUAAUCUUUGAAGGGUAAAAUGCAGCAUAGGAUCAGUACAUCAGUGGGAAUAAGAUGAAAUGUACACAAUAGCCAUGCUCACCAUAUACAGCAGUAUUUGCAGGGUCUUGUAGGCGAUGCCGUUAUUUUCCCAAAGUCGCUGAAAUACACCUGUUGAUUGUUUAAAUUGUCUCUUUUUCCAAAAAAAAAAAAAAAAAAAAAAACCCAGCUCUUCAGAAUUGAGAUGACUCUGAGUUGAUACAUUCGUGAGUGACACAUCACUAACUACUAGAUAGUAACUAGUAAGAAAAGCCUGUACAACUGUAGCCUCCAGUUUAGCAUCAUGCAAGUUGCAUAUCUAAAUCAUCACACUUUCCUGUGGUGAGUUGUUCAGGAUCCCAAACAUAUGUAUAUUGUUUCUUACUCUGUACAGCAUACUUAUCUUAAAAAAAAAAAAAAAAAAGCUAAAACAAAUAUGUAGCUCUUAAGUUUGAAGAAAAGUGAUUUGAUAUUAUAGUUCUAAUUUGAUAGAGAAUUUUUUCCCUAACAGACUUGUUCUGCUAAUUUAGGAAACUAUUUAUGUACAUAUUACUUAGCCAACCAAGACACAAAUUUUUCAUGAUGCUAAUCUGGUAGCUAUAAGCUUCAAUUAUUUGUUAGCACACUAUCCUCAUAGCUUUAAUGCAAAUCAGAUGCACAUUUUUGGCUGAUUGACGUGAAUGGAGUGCAGUCAUGAACUCAUCCAGUGUCUGUACCAGGAGAAAAAGUCACUGAGAAUAAAAAAAGAGUCACAAAACUUACUUUUCUUCUUCCCAUGAUCUUCAGGUAUUCCUGUUGAACAUGUGAUUUAUUCCAAAUAUUUCGCAGGGGUGAAGUGUGUUGAGGUAACAGGGUGAUUGGGUAUUGUGAAACUUAAAUGGACAUUUUUCAUAAUAGGUAAUGGAUGACUCAUGGAAAAGAAUGUUUUAUGCAUGAGAUCUUACAUGGAUUCACACAUUACUGCAAAAAUAACAUUUUAAUGAUUAUUUCCAGGCAGAAAUUUAGAUAUAGUGGGCUAUAGGUUUUAUUACCUGUGUUUAAAUAAAACCUAUAGCUUUACAUAAAUAUUUGAAAAUGUUAUUUCAGUGGGACACAAAUGACAUACAAUCAUGAUUCACAUUGUUAUCUUACUUCUCUCUUGACAUUGUACUGUUGAUUAAUAGAGCUUAUCAGGAAUAAUAUACUUCUCCUCAAACACACUUUAUACACACUACAUUUCCUCUGGUGUCCCUCAGCAUGCAGGUUCCACCCCCUUUGUGUGCUCAGCCAAUCAACAGCCUCCCUAUUUUCCUCUCAUCUACCUGGUUAAUGAAGUGAUACUGUUAAGGUGAGAGGAGUGCUACAGAAAAUACAUUUUUACAUUGGUGCUCUGGAAAUCUGGUUCGAGAUUGACAGAACAGGCACAUCGUAAAGCUCUGAAACACAUAAACUGCAGUGAAGGAGAUGAACCACAGCAGUGCUGAUCAGGACUGUGAUUCUACACAGAUGCUGCACUACCUCAGUAAAGAGGAGGUUGUUGCCAUGGAGAUGGAGUUGCUGAGGGACUAUCACUUUGGUCUGCAUCAGCUGACAGAAAUUUUAGGCCAUGCCUGUGCUGUUGCCAUCACAAAGACGUACCCGCUGAGCACUCUGGGAAAGAGGCAGCCCACUGUACUAGUGGUGUGUGGGCCAGAUCAGAACGGCUGCAUCGGCCUGGCAUGUGCACGCUAUCUGAGAUUAUUUGAAUACAUGCCCACUGUCUUCUACCCAAAACGGUCCUCACAAAGUCCUCACCUGGACUUCACUGUACAGUGUGAAAAAAUGGACAUCCCCUUCCUGUCCUACCUGCCCACAGAGGUGCAGCUUAUAAACGAUGCAUAUAACCUGGUGGUGGAUGCACUGCUGGGUCCAGAGACAGAACUGGGAACAGCAGAAGAACCCUUCACCAGCAUCAUGCUUACUCUCCGCGGGGUCAAAAUCCCCAUCGCCAGCCUCGACAUCCCUUCAGGUUGGGACCCUGAUGAAGCCAGCAGCAAUGGGAUUAAUCCUGACGUCCUCAUCUCUCUGAUGGCACCAAAGAGAUGUGCACUCAGUUUCUCUGGGAUACAUUUACUCGCUGGACGCUUACUGCCCUACGAUAUUCAGAAGAAAUAUGAGCUCAACCUACCCAAGUUCCCCAGUACAGCCUGUAUUACUGAGCUCCACUAACAAGUCUGUA